GGGCGAUGGGCGAUUCACGGCCGCGGGUUUUUGAAACUUGGACCGAGGAGGCGAAGAUAGAAGCUCAGAGCAUCGGUUUUCACAUGCCCAAGGCCUUAAGCGCAACAACUGUCGGUUCGCAGUGGUGCCCUCGUCAGGUCGGACACGGAAGCGGCGCCCCGCACCCUUUGUUUUGCGCGCGCGGUCAUGUCACGUUUUUGCAACAUGGUUUGGCACACCUGGGUCUUUAUCACCAUUUGCUGAACACGGUGUGUGUGUGUGUGUGUGCGCACAGUAUGUUCGCCAGGUAAUCGCACGCUGCUGCAGUUCAGUAGCAGAGCUUACGUGUUGCUUGCCAGGGCUGGCUGGUCGCCCUCGACGAGGAAAUGCAGCAGUGCACUGCGUGCGACAAACGGUUUCCUUGGUGGGAAGCGGAGUCGCACUUGGCGUCGCGAAGGCACGCCCGUGCGGCGAGGGCCGUCACAUGGGAUCCCUUCGCCGAGCACGGCUGGCCGCACUCCGCGCACAUGGUGGUCGAGGACAAGGGCGGCGUGGAGACGGUCAAGUGCAGCCUGUGCUACAAGGAGGUGACGGAUGCGCACAUAUGGUCGGACCCCCACUGCGCGCGCCUCGACGUGGUGCACCCGGGUUGGCGCCAACAUUGCGCACAACCAGGAGCAGCUGGCCCGACAGCCGCGGCACUGCCAGCGGCAGCCCCAGCACUGGCACUCCCGGCGCCAGCACCAGGAG